AUGUCGAAUCAAUCGAUUUCUGAUGUUCAUCAAAUCGCUACACAAAAAGAUUUUGAUGAAUAUAUAAAAUCAUCAUUAAUUAUCAAUAAAUUAUUACUUGUUCAUAUUGAAUUAGAACAAAUACCGGUUUGUAAAACAGUUAAUGAAGCUUUAUUAGCAAUAAAUCGUGAUGGAGAAUUUAAUCAACAAUUAACAGUAUGUCGUUUAAAUGCUGAUCAUUUUUCUGAUUUUCUUACAUUACAAAAUGUGAAUGCUGUACCAACUGUACUUUUCUAUCAUCAAACAAAAUUAAUUGAUCGUGUUGAUGGUUUUAAUCAAGGUGAUUUAUUAAAAAAAAUCAAAUAUCAUAUUCAUGAAAAAGCAAUAACAUCAACAAAAAUUGAAUCAAAAAAUGAUACGGAUAUAAAUGUUGAAAAGAAAAUCAAAGAAUUAUUAUCAUCAUCACCUGUGAUUUUAUUUAUGAAAGGUACACCAACGGAUCCUCAAUGUGGUUUUAGUCGACAAGCAUGUCAUAUACUUGAUGAUAAUAAAAUCAAAUAUAGUACAUUUGAUGUUCUUUCGGAUCAAAAUAUUCGUGAACAAUUAAAAAAACAUUCAAAUUGGAAUACAUAUCCACAAUUAUUUGUUGAUGGUGAAUUAAUUGGUGGUUUAGAUAUAAUGAAACAAAUGAUUGAAAAUGGUGAAUUUGAUUUAAAAUUAAAUCAACAAAAAACACAUGAAAAAGAAAAAGAUAUGAAAAAAUAUUUAGAAAGUUUAAUUAAUCAAGCACCAUUAAUGCUUUUCAUUAAAGGUACACCUGAAACGCCAAGAUGUGGAUUUACAAAAGAAUUAUUAAAUUUAUUAGAUAAUGCAAAUAUAAAAGAUUUUAAAACAUUUGAUAUAUUACAAGAUGAAAAUGUUCGACAAAAACUUAAAGAAUAUUCAUCAUGGCAAACAUAUCCACAAGUAUAUGUCAAUGGACAAUUUGUCGGUGGUUUAGAUAUACUUAAACAAAUGAAUGAAGAAGGAACAUUAGUACAAACAUUAAAGGGAAAUCAAGGGUUGGCUGUUUAA